AUGUUGGCUUCUAUAAGAUACUUUGGACAGUGCCCACAGGGAAAACACCCACUCACAGGCAUACCCAUCCUUGACGUCCAAACACACUUCAUUCAUCCCAAUCACUCUUUUCAGUUCCCUUGCUCCCCGGUCUGUGAUUGCACAAGGAGCUUUUCGUCCGCUGCGGCCAAUAAUCGGCAUUGUGGAAAGCGUCGCCUUCGCGCUGCCAGCCCGGUGCCAUCGUCACUUGUCCCGCCCCUGAGCUCAUUACUCGCCUGUUCCCUUCAUCUGCACAAAACGUCCUACACACCUCUACUUAAUCCCUUCACCGCCAUGGCCGCCCUCAAGCGAAGAAAGCCCGCCUCUUCCAAAUCGCAACAGCCCCAAGAGCCCGUAAAACCCGAAGACGACAAGCCUCCCGCUCCGCGUAGAUCCAGUCGCCGGCUGCACGACGUCAAGAAGGUUACCGACCCCGGUGCUUGUAUGCGCCCCACCAAAUCCGAGGUACCUAUGGACGAGCCACCAGCGAAGCGCCGCCAGGUAGACCGCACCAUGACCGAGUCUCGCGAUGGCGUCCGCUUCGCCAUGAGAGAGCUUAGCGAGAUGGAGAACCGCCUUCAAAAUGCCACCAGAACUCAACGGCUUGCCGUAGAGGCCAGUCAGAUCACUAGUACCGAGAGAAGACGACCCAAAGACCGCGCAUUCUCCCCACUGGUGGAUCCCAAGCCAACCGAUCCGGAAGACCGUAUCCGGAAGACUGAAGAAGAACGCUCUGGAACCCCAGAUGUGGAUGCUGCGCCCAUUGAGGGUCCCGAAGGAGAGGCCGCCAUAGUAGAUGUUGAAGACGACAAGAUUCGCGAAGAUGAAGCUCCUGAAAGGGGGGCUGCAAGACCACCACCCGUCAAUAGCGAUUAUCUUCCCCUACCGUGGACUGGUAGGUUAGGAUAUGCUUGCCUCAACACAUAUCUUCGUGCAGCCAACCCCCCCGUCUUCAGCUCAAGAACUUGCCGCAUCGCCUCCAUAUUGCAGCAUCGUCAUCCUCUUGCCAUUCCUGGCGAACCUGAGCAUGCCACAAAGAAUCGCCCAGACGACACUCAACCUGCAGACGUCGCGCUUGGCCAAGAAUAUGUUCAGAAACUGGGCUUGGCCAAUGCUAAAGAUAUCGUCAAAAUGUUGCGGUGGAAUGACAAGUGUGGCAUCAAAUUCAUGCGUCUGAGCUCAGAAAUGUUUCCGUUCGCCAGUCACGAGGAAUACGGCUACCGUCUUGAGUCGUUUGCUGCAGACGUCCUCGCUGAGGCUGGCAAGGUCGCCGCAGAAUUUGGACAUCGGUUAACAACCCACCCUGGUCAAUUCACACAGCUUGGCUCUCCCCGGAAGGAAGUCAUUACCGCUGCCGUUCGCGACUUGGAGUAUCAUGAUGAAAUGCUGUCGCUCCUGUGUCUUCCCGAGCAGCAGAACAAGGAUGCUAUCAUGGUUCUUCACAUGGGAGGCACUUAUGGCGACAAAGAGGCAACCCUAGAUCGGUUCCGGAAAAACUACGUCAAAUUGACGCCAUCCAUCAAACAGCGUCUUGUACUGGAGAAUGAUGACGUUUCCUGGUCUGUCCACGAUCUUUUGCCUAUAUGCGAAGAGUUGAACAUCCCUCUUGUGCUUGAUUUCCAUCACCACAACAUAGUAUUUGACGCCAAUGAGCUACGCGAGGGCACUGAGGAUAUCAGGAAGCUUUUCGACCGCAUUCGUGCAACAUGGACUCGCAAGGGAAUUACUCAGAAAAUGCACUACAGCGAAUCUUGUGCUGGAGCUGUCACACCCCGCGACCGGAGAAAGCAUUCACCUCGAGUGAAGACAUUACCGCCUUGCCCACCAGAUAUGGACCUCAUGAUCGAAGCCAAGGACAAGGAACAGGCUGUAUUCGAACUUAUGCGCACUUUCAAGCUGCCUGGGUGGAAUCUUUUCAAUGAUGUCGUCCCAUUUGAACGAGAGGAUGAGCUACGAGCAACAAAAAACGGAACUGCAAAGAGAAAGCCGAAGAGGUCAAGAAAGAAAGGCCAACAAGACGAAGACGAAGAAAUGGGCGAGGCAGGCCCCCUCGAGGCGGAGGCAAAGGAUAUUCCUCCCGAAGAGUUUGGAAUGGGCGGCCCCGUGCGACGGGUUUACUGGCCGGAAGGCAUGGAGGAGUGGCUGAAGCCCAAAAAGAGGGAGGUCAAGAGAAAUAAAACAACGACCGUCAAGGACGACGUCGAUGAAUCAUGA